UAUAAAGUCGACGCCAAUAAGGAAGACAGAGGAAGAAAGAAGGGGGGGAGGUCCGGGGGGUAAAGGGAGAGAAAAAACAGUUCAAAAAACUCCCGGCGAUAAACCAAAAGUCUCCUCUCUCUAUACUUUUUUCAACGGACGGACGACAGAGAGGAAUUUUUUUUGGCAAACGGAGGAAAUUGUUUACUUUUCUCUUUAACUUUAAUUCACAUAUAUUUCAUAACGGAUACCUCACCCGACCCGGAAUACCGAGACUCAACAUCGUCGCUGACCGGCGUUUUGUUCGCCGCCGGCGAGAUAUGGCCGUUGCGCCACCUUGUCGUGUGGAUUUACCUAGAACCUCAUUUCGUCUUCGAUCUAUUAUUUCACGAAGCCCUACCUGACGAGGAAGGAAGAUAUUCUAGGCCAAUAUUGCUUUAAGCCUUGGAAUUAUGAUAAUGGGUUCCGGGGGAAAAGGAAUGUUGGAGAAGGUGAAGCGGUUUUUGAAGAUUAUAUAUUUCAUGGUGGUGAUGUUGGCAUCCUUGUUGGUACUAUCGGCGCCACUGAUUGUGGCAAUUGGGGAUGUUUUGGUACCAAGUGUGUUGAUUUCGAGCUUUACAUGCGUUAAAUGUUACAGUUUCAAAGAACAUUUGAAUAGAUAUGCCUUCAAAAGCUCCUUGACGGACAUUCCUCUCGUUUCUGUCAUGAGAUCUCUUAUCAUCACCUGUGUUUAUUCAUUGUGUGAUGGCCCUGCUCUUUCACAUGGACCAUACCUUGGAACGGUUACAUUCUGUUCCAUCAUUUCCGUUAUUCUACUUUCUAUCAAAGCUUGUGUUUUCUCUGUUAAUUCAUAUCAGGAGGUUGAAGCUUCAUCUUCUGUCUCAAGGCAAAGGCUUCAUCUGAAAAAGUCAUGGGGGAUGCCUGUGUUGUUUCUUUCUUCGGUGGUCUUUGCUCUUGGACAUACUGUAAUUGCUUACAGAACAAGCUGUCGAGCAAGGAGGAAACUUUUGUUUCACCGAGUUGACCCAGAAGCUGUCCUUCCUUGCAAAGUUGUUUUCUCUGCAUAUAAUAAGGUACCACGAUCUCCAAUUCCGACAGGUAAAGCAAGAACUGAGAGUGAUAUGAGGAGAAAACUUGCAGGAUCGGUUCAUGAGGAGGGGGAAAUCCCUGCUAUAUUGCUUGCUGAUGUUGACAGUUCAUUCAUUUCUUGCCUUGGGCUCUCUCUUCAUUACAAACUUAGCUUGCCUGGCUCACCUUACCGUUCUUUGUCUUCCACACCUUCUUCUGCUAACCCGCUGCAUGUUUGGUCAAAAAGUGAUUAUCGUAUCCGGAGGAGCCACAGUAGUCAAUUUCAUGCCCACACUCUCUCUAUGCCUCUUUUAGAUGUGUCUCCAACUUCCCCAGUUCUGUCUGAAGAAAUCCCUAGUUUCUGCCUAGAUGAAACUGGUGAUGAAGAUGAUGUUGGUAAGGUGGGAUGUUCAUUUCCAAUACGAGAUGCUGAAGGGAAUAAUCAGUUUGGAAUUGUUCUAGUGCAUGGUUUUGGAGGCGGGGUUUUUUCUUGGAGAAAUGUGAUGGAUGAGCUAGCCCAACAGGUAGGUUGUGCAGUCACAGCCUUUGACAGGCCAGGAUGGGGAUUGACAUCUAGGCCACGUCAGAGCGAUUGGGAGGAGAAUCAAUUGCCUAAUCCCUACAAGAUUGAUAGUCAGGUUGACCUGCUUCUCUCAUUUUGUUCAGAUAUGGGUUUUACUUCAGUUGUACUUGUUGGUCAUGAUGAUGGUGGAUUGCUUGCACUGAAGGCUGCACAAAGAGUUCAGUCAUCCACAAAUUCGAUUAAUGUCCAUAUUAAGGGGAUUGUAUUAUUGGAUGUGAGCCUGUCGAGAGAACUGGUUCCAGCCUUUGCAAGGAUAUUAUUGCGUACUUCUCUCGGAAAAAAGCACUUGGUGCGUCCACUGUUGCGAACCGAAAUUACUCAAGUUGUUAAUAGACGUGCAUGGUAUGAUGCCACCAAGUUGACAACUGAUGUUUUGAACCUAUACAAGGCCCCAUUAUGUGUAGAAGGAUGGGAUGAAGCACUCCAUGAGAUAGGAAAACAUUCAUCUGAGACAGUCCUCUCACCAGAAAAUGCUGUACAACUGCUUAAAACAGUUGAAAAUUUACCAGUUCUGGUGAUCGGAGGAGCUGAAGAUGCACUUGUAUCUAUAAAAUCUGUUCAAGUGAUGGCAUCAAAACUUGUAAAUUCUAGACUGGUUGCCAUAUCCGGCUGUGGACAUCUUCCACAUGAGGAAUGUCCGAAAGCAUUGCUAGCAGCCAUGUCACCAUUCAUCAAUAGAAUUUUAGUGGAACCACAACCGCAACAUCAAUAGGAUGCUCUAAUGUCAAGUCACAAGUAUUUAUUCAACUGAGCUUUUUGCCCCUUUUUUUCACAUAUCUCUUUUGUAAUUUUUGUUUUCUAAAUUUUACUCAAAAGGUAGAGGUCCAAAUCCACCUCUCCUUUUGGUAGCUUUAAUUGUGAAUUUGCAGCUUGAGUGUUAGAGCUUUCAAGAUGUAUCUUUCUACCUCUCCCUCCUUCCUUCUUUCCGUUUUGCAGAUUCUUAAACUCGGUUUUUGGUUUAUGUUAUUGACCACAUAAGAGUGGAGGUAACAUCUUUGUACAAUUUCCUUUUUCCGUCGGAACAGUGUAGCAGAUUUCCUGCUAGAAUCUCUCUUAUUUGUGAAAAUUCUGAGUAACAGUAUGGUUGAAUACAACAACAAUUAUUUCUUCUCGUUUAUGUUUUCUACGUGCUUGUCAAGAAGACAUGCACUGAUGUAUUUGGUUGUAAAUAAUAACAAAUAUGAGAAUAUCAGUAUUAUUAUUUAUGCCUUGUCUAUGAUAA